CUAAAUUUAGUAAGGGUGAGAUAUAGAAAGAUUAAGAUUUUUGGUUCUUGUUUUCACAAUAUAAAACGAUAUUUUUGGCCUACAAAAUAAUUUAAUACUGUUGUAAAUACGAAUUCUUAUUAAAAUGUCAACAGUGUCCUCUCCCGUUUAACAAAAAUCCAAUUUUCUAAGGUGUGAGGGUCUGUGUGUUGUAUGUUAUCAACGGUUUUACAAGCUACAGGUGCGCUGCUUCCUGCCUGCCAUAUUUGUCUAUCGCGGUGACGUCAGCGAGCAUCCAAACGCUCUGGUCUCGCGGCCGUCUCCCCCCCCUCACCAUGACAACGGCACAUUCUAGCAUCGUCACAGGACGAGCCGUUACCUCCUCCGCUCAGGAUACAGAUGUACAGACGAUUAUUAUGUAAAAAUAUGGUGUUUUAUGGAGGUUUAAUGGAGGUUUUUUAAUGUAGGAAGGCUGUUUUUAGCUGCUUAGGACCCUCAUGCGUCGGAGACCAGCCGGAGGCAGAGGGAGACGCCGUUUAGCUCCGUGAACAACAUGGCUCUGCUUCAGCAUCCCCGGCUACUGCUCGCCUCCUGUGUGGUGCUGUUGUCCGCGGUCCGACCCACCGACGCUCGGUCCUCUCCGAUAUCCGACCUCAAAUCUAAAAUAUCAGGGGUGGAGGAGCUCCUGGAGGAGUUCCGCAAGCAGCUCCAGCAGGACCAGCCCUACAGGGCGACCGACGUGAUUGACUCCUGCGUGGGCGACUUCGACGCCGUCGGGGAGCGUAUCAUCCGGGCCAGGGCCUCCAUCGAGCAGGGGGCCACCUUCCUGCUAGCCCCGGAGAGGGUGUACACCUGGAAGGACUGCCUGCACGCCUGCUGCUCCCAGCCCCACUGCACCGUGGCGGUGGUCCAGGAGGACCCGAGGCAGCCCGGUGACAGCCUCAGCUGCUACCUGUUCAACUGCACCUACAGGAAUAAAAAUGUCUGCUCCUUCGCUCCGCAGCAGGUUACCACGUACAGCCGGGCUCCCAACACGACGCAGGGACACCUCCCUGUUUCAUCCGGCGGCUCGGCCCGGAGGCCCGGGGAAGGGCUGCCUGAUGAGGAUGAUGCACAAGAGGUGGAUGAGCCUCCUCGCAGUGACGCUGGGCAGGACGUGGUGAUCCAGCUGCCCACAGACUGGGCUGUUCUGGACGGCCGGGACAGUGUGGACGACCAUGGGAUCAGCCACUAUGAAUGGACCCUGGUUAAAGGGGACACGGCCAUCAACAUGAAGGCGACUCAUCCGGGCUUGUUGAAGAUUAGCGGUCUCCAGGAGGGCGUCUACACCUUCCAGAUGACGGUGACCGACACAGGCGGUCAGAAGAGCUCCGACAACGUCUCCGUCACCGUCCUGGCACCAAAACACCAAGCAGAAGUGUGCACAGGUCACUGCUCAAACUACCAGUUCAAAUGUGAUGACGGCUGCUGUAUUGACAUCACCUACGCCUGUGAUGGGAAGCAGCACUGUCCGGACCGCUCUGACGAAGACUUCUGCCCAAACUUUGACGGCAGCAGGAAGUCAGUGACCCACCCCGUCGACCUGCCCAGCCCUCGUCAGCCUGUGGCCCAGACGGAGGAGGCCAAGGACGGCUCCGUGCCCAGGAAGACCGUGGAGAACGUCGCACCACCUCAGGACAGGACCAAGACCAAUCCUCCAGAAAAUCCCAGUCAACAGAAAGCUUCAGUCAGUCAAGAUCCAUGUGCAGCAGCUCCAGUCGUAGGACCCUGUAAAGGAACCUUCCCACGCUGGUACUACGACCAAAACGCCGGAGAAUGCAAACACUUCCUGUACGGAGGCUGCCAGGGCAACCAUAACAACUUCCUCCAGGAGUCCGACUGUGUCAGUGAAUGUAUACAAAAAAGUCCGGCUUUCAAACCAGCAACUGUGGCUCCUCCUGUCACCAAACAGACUGAGAUAGCUGCUCCUAAAGUCUCCCAGAAACAAGCAGAGAGCGACGUCCCCAUCUCAAAACCAUUCCCAGUGAUGGGAGGACAUCCAGUCCCAGAGUCAGGUGCCAUCCUCCCUCUGGCUCUCGGACUAAUCAUCACCGCCCUGCUGCUGCUCAUGAUCGGCUGCCGUCUCAGACUCGUUCGCCACAAGCUGAAGAAAGCCCGACCCCUCACCACGGAGGAGUCAGAUUACCUCAUCAACGGCUGGAAACGUCCCAACUCUCUGCUGUCAUGAACGUUUCUCAACACCUGCACACUGAACCUCUCUGACUGGUAAAUCUGCUGCUGAUACACACUGCUGUCAAAACCAAUGACACAUAGUCAGACGCUUGCAAGUCCAUACUUAUGUUGUCUUAAGAAAUUAUGAAAUAUCAACAUUCCUACUUCUUCUAUACUCCCCCAAUGACUUCUGGGAUUCCUUUUGUCAAAAUCAUUUUCAGUCCUCAAAUUGGUUACUUUGAUAUUUUUCAUUUUCCUGAUUAGUGCUGCAUAAAAAUAUGUUGUAUUUCUGCCACUGGAUGGCACUGACGUACCAUAUUUAUGCUGUAGAGUGAAACUGAAAUGAAAACAGAAGUGUUAAUAUGUUGGAGUGCCUGCUGUUAAAGUGUCCCAGAAUAAGAGAAAGCCAUAGUAAAUUCAAAUUCUGUCAUAUUCCACUCCUGCCUGAGUCUGAUGCAUAUUUUUCUUUAUACCAAGCAAACAUUUGUGGAGUAUAUAAUUGUAUUUACGCACAUGUAUUCCCUCCAAGUGCUGUCUUUCACAUGAGAUAUUAAAGUUUAUUAUAUAUCAAAAAA